AUGAAAGUUACGUGGCUAGCAGCUUCCGAGAAUAGAGAUGUGCGGAUGUUCCUGGAGGAGUUCGAAGAUGUUGCGGAGUUGGCCGGAAUACGGACGGAUCGCGGCAAGUUGACGGCUCUCCUAGCGAUCCUCAAGAAUGGGGCGCGGGCAGUGUUGGACGCGGCACGAAGAGGCCCGGAGAAAAUGGAGUGGGCCGCCGCGAAGAGCGCCCUGAUCGCGGGCUUUGACACCCCGGCCGAUCGCCAGGAUGCACUUCGUCGCUUCAAGACGGUGCAGCUCGGAGUCUCUGAGGACAAGAAGAGUGGAACUCGUUACCGAUUCCCAGUUGGUGAACGGUUACGGGUAUCCAUGCCUUGA